CACGUCACGUCACAAUACAUUACGUCACGUCAUCUUACCAUCGCAUCCUUUCGGUCUCCUCCCGUCAGUACGUUGUAUUUCCACAAUGGAACCCAGUGACACCUUUUCAUUUAACAAUUGCUGUCUAAAUAUGUACGAUUAUGUUUACCAAAUGGUGUACAGUUACUAUGAAAGGAUUGACCAGUGGUUCCAAUUUUGCGAUUCCAAAGAGCCUUCAUCUUCCAGUUCCUUCUUGUUUCGUCGCGACGUGAGCAUCACCAAGGUUCUGGGCUGUCUCGUGUCGGAGGGGGACGGCGCCUACCCCCCAGCCGUCGCCACCGCCAUGUUCGCAGCUGCCUGUUUUCUCCUGGUUCUUCCGACGCUGUUUCAAAUCUGCACGAGGAGAUUCUUCAGGAAUCUGGUUCGAUUGCUGAAUAUUGUUGUAAUAUUUUCGCUUCUGGGAACCGUUAUGAUUGUCACUACCGCUAUACAGGCUAAUGAUGUGUUCUGCUUCCUGUCGACAAAGCGCAUGCGUGAACUGAUAGACCCGCAAUGGGAGCCGGCCAUUGCUGUUUUCCUGAUGGCUGUCCUAGCCCUCGUCAACCUGUUCUGCGCGCGCAUGUUCAGGGAUGGACUCGUAUCGUUCCGGAAGUACGUCAAACAGGUCCACAGGAGACGAAGUGAACGGGAACAGCUGUUGUCGAUGGAGAGGUCGAACCAGGGUCAAAGGAGAAGACGACGUGGUUGUCGAACGGACUCGGACGAACAGACGUAUAAAAUUCAAAUUGAACGUUUGUUUUGAGACCAGCAAUUUAUUUUAACAUUUACACGAAAUGUUGCCAUUUGCGACUAAAUAUUGCCCAAUUGUAUACUGUUAAGUCCAUGGGUUCAUUUUAAUAUUUGCAGCAAAAUGUUGUCAUUUGCGACUAAAUAUUGCCCAAUUGUAUACUGUUAAGUCCAUGGGUUCAUUUUAAUAUUUGCAGCAAAAUGUUGCCAUUUACGACUAAAUAUUGCCCAAUUGUAUACUGUUAAGUCCAUGGGUUCAUUCUAAUAUUUGCAGCAAAAUGUUGUCAUUUGCGACUAAAUAUUGCCCAAUUGUAUACUGUUAAGUCCAUGGGUUCAUUUUAAUAUUUGCAGCAAAAUGUUGCCAUUUGCGACUAAAUAUUGCCCAAUUGUAUACUGUUAAGUCCAUGGGUUCAUUUUAAUAUUUGCAGCAAAAUGUUGCCAUUUACGACUAAAUAUUGCCCAUGGUUGUAUACAUUAACAGUUACAACAAUGGCAAAGUAUAUUAUUUAUUUUAAUAUUUACAACGGAACGUUGCAAUUUGCAACUAAAUACUGCCGAGUUGUAUAUAUAUAUAUAACAUUUACAAAGUUGAAAAUUUGUUAUAUCCAUGGAUUCAUGUUAGUAUUUACAACAAAAUGUUGCCAUUUACAACUAAAUAUUGCCCAUGCUUGUAUACAUAACAUUUAAAAAAAUGGCAAAGUGUAUAUGAUAUAUAUUUGUUUAAUAUUUACAACGGAAUUUUGCCAUUUGCAAUUAAAUAUUGUAUAAAUAUAAUAUUUACAAAGUUGAAAAUUUAUGUUGAAUCCAUAGAUUCAUGUUAGUAUUUACAAAGAAAUGUUGUCAUUUACAACUAAAUAUUGUCCAUGUCCUAUAUGUAACAUUUACAAAAAUGGCAAAGUGUAUGUCGAGUCCCUGGAUUCAUUUUGUUGCCAUUUACAACGAAAUAUUGCUGAGUUGUAUAUAUAGCAUUUACAAAGUUGAAACUUUAAAUGUGACCAUGGAUUCAUUUUAAUAUUUAUAACAAAAUGUUGCCCAAUGGUGUGUGUAUAUAUUUAUAAAGUUAAAAUGUAUGUUCAGACCAGGGAUUCGUUUUAAUAUUUACAACGGGACAUUGCCAUUUACAACUAACUAUUGCCCAAUUGUAUGUACAACAUUAACAACAAUAGCAAAGUGUAUGGAUACAUUUUUCAUUUGCAGUUUUAAAAACUGAUGUGGAAGUCAUAGACACGUUAACAUUUACUAGUACAAUGUGAGUGUGUGUGUAUAUAUAUAUAUAUAUAUAUAUAUAUAUAUAUAUAUAUAUAUAUAUAUAUAUUAAUAUAUUAUUGAUUAAUAUUCAU